AUGACCGCCACUAAAGAGUACUUAUGCUCUCUUCGCGCUGUGAGGGAGACAUCUGCCGAAGUUUUCCGGUAUGUCAGCGCGCGCGGCCGGGGGAAGUACUGCAAGCUGGAUAGUAGCAAGCUGACGGACGUCGUGCAAUAUGUUCUCAAAAUCAUUGAUCGCGACUAUGGAAGGGCCACCUGCGAGAUUCCGCCGCACGGCAGGCUGCAGCACUUCAAUGUGGGCGGAGUCGACAGAGUAGGAGAGCUGCUCCGCGGCUGGCGGGGCGUUGACGACAUCGAGCUGAGCCGUCGUCUAGUUGACCUGGUGGUGCUCAGCGUUCUCCUGGAUGCGGGGGCAGGAAGCCAGUGGUCAUUCCGGGAGCCCGGGUCAGGGCUCCGCGUUGGGCGCUCCGAGGGUAUUGCGCUUGCAUCCUUCUACAUGUUCAAAAAUGGGAUGCUCUCAGCCGACGGCAGCACCACGGUAAACGGGCACCAUCUGGCAGCGAUACCGCUAGAAAUGUUUCAAGAAGCAUUUCAAGUCACCGAAAAGAACACCAUCGUUGGACUUGAGGGUCGCUGGCGGCUGGCCCGGAAACUCGGCCAAGUUAUGUGCAGCAACAGCGCUGUCUUCGGGCCAGAUGCCAGGCCUGGCGGGAUUGUAGACUAUCUGCGCGGCCUCUGCGGAGGUGGGCCUCUACACAUCGAACAGCUAUGGGACACACUUAUGGACAACCUGCUCCCAGUUUGGCCCGACAAUCGGUGCACCAUAGAUGGUGAGCCGCUGGGAGACGCCUGGCAACUGGAUACUCUUGUAAGUGGUGACACAGCAGGAAGAGCACAUGGCAUCGUUAGCUUUCACAAGCUGACACAGUGGCUAUGCUACUCAGUCCUACCCCCGUUGACGGAAUAUGGCUACAAGUUUGAUAUUCUGGACACAGAUCAGCUAACUGGACUUCCAGAAUACCGUAACGGGGGGUUGUUUUGUGACCUUGGGGUAAUUUCCCUUCUCCCCGAGGCAAAACAGUACGGAGAGCAAAUGGCCCGUGCAGCUGGUGCAGAGGACGUGCCUGUAUUUCCUGCUGAGCACGGUGCUAUUGUAGAGUGGCGCUGCCUGACUGUAGCUCUAAUAGACGAGCUUUUGUCUAUGAUCAACAAAGAACUAGAUGUACCGCUGACGCUUGCCCAGCUUCUGGAGGCAGGAACAUGGAAAGCAGGGCGGGAAGUAGCACAGAAGAAAAGACCCGAAACCGGCGGUCCUCCGAUUGCAAUAGCCAGCGAUGGCACAUUGUUUUAG